AUGCUGUCUAACAUCUUCUCUGCUGUCUUGCCUUUGCGUCCGUCUCGCCCAGAGCCAACCCCACCGAGGGAUAUCUCCCCGAGCUCUACAAGCUCAGAUUCCGACGAUGCGUCUGACGGAGUGCCCGAAACACAACCCGAACCGUUCUUUCCAGCCCUAUGGGAUGUGCUCAAAGUCCGUUAUCUGCUACAAUGGAAAGUCCCAAAUGGGCUGCCCAAAGAGCUGGUGGACCUGAUCGUCGAUGCAGCUGAGUACUGGCCAUCCUGGGAGCAGAGCAUGGAGGGGGAGAGACACGUCCAGAAAGACCAAGACCAGGUGCUGCUAAAGACGGUACCUCUCUGUUAUGACCGACAGGUACGCACUGUGGGUUGUGGAUACAACUGA